GGUUUUAAACAUGCAUCUCGGCUGAAACGAGUCAGUACAAUCUGGCAACCCUGGCAGGCGAGGAGAGAGCAGAGCAGAGCAGAGCAACCACCAGGGGAGGGAAAAGCUUGAAAGUUCUCCAGAGAAGCUGGACAUAAGCACAGGAUAUAGCCUCACACACUCGCUUUACAUGCCCUUCGACGAAGUGUCCUUUUGCGGCUCCAGUUUUCUGGUGUUUUAGGGUUCCGUGUGUUAGAGAUCGGAAAGCACUGUGAACACAGAGAGGAAUGGAGCUGUAUUGUCUGGAAGCGGACACCGUGGUGCGAGCCCGUCCUGACCCGAACCUCCUCGGCGAUGACAGGGUGCUGCAGAGCCUUCUGACCAUCGAGGAAAGGUUUCUGCCUCAGUGCUCCUAUUUCAAAUGCGUACAGAAGGACAUCCAGCCUUUCAUGCGCAGGAUGGUGGCAACCUGGAUGCUGGAGGUCUGCGAGGAACAAAAGUGCGAGGAGGAAGUUUUCCCACUGGCUAUGAACUACUUGGACAGAUUUUUAGCGGUUGUGCCCACCAGAAAGUGUAACCUGCAGUUGCUCGGCGCUGUGUGCAUGUUUCUGGCGUCCAAACUGAAAGAGACGCGUCCUCUAACUGCAGAAAAGCUAUGUAUCUACACUGAUAACUCCAUCCGACCGCAGGAACUCCUGGAAUGGGAACUGGUGGUUCUUGGUAAAUUGAAGUGGAACCUGGCUGCUGUCACUCCUAAUGACUUCAUUGAACACAUAGUGAAGAGGCUGCCGCUGCCUGAGGAUAAGCUGGACCUGAUCCGCAAGCAUGUGCAGACCUUCAUUGCCCUGUGUGCAACAGACUUCAACUUUGCCAUGUAUCCUCCAUCCAUGAUUGCCACGGGCAGCGUGGGAGCAGCAAUCUGUGGACUGCAGCUCAACAGCACGAACCAUGCACUGUGGGGGGACAACCUUACAGAACUGCUCGCUAAGAUCACAAACACAGAAGUUGACCUGUUGAAGGCAUGUCAGGAGCAGAUUGAGCGUGUGCUGAUGAACAGCCUAAGGGAGGGACGCCGGCAGCAGCACAAGCAGCAGCAACAGGACCAGAACAACCCACGCAACAAAGCCUUGGAUGACCAGGACCAGUCCAGCACCCCGACCGAUGUACGAGACAUCAACUUGUGAGCUCGCGGGAGUGGCGUCUGGAUCUAAAGGAAAAAAAAAAACAACAAAAAACAAAAAUGACAAAAAAAAAAAAACAGCCCAUCAAAAAAGUGCUUGCUAGUCUUUGUAGGUUUUUAUUCUAUUUUCAAAGGAAGAAAAAAUACAUUUCAAAAGAAAUCAAAGAUAUUUUAGAUACAAAAUAGGUAUUUUUUAAAUGAAUUGAUACUGAUGCAAAAAUUUCUAUGGUGCCUCAGAUUAUUAGAAGGGAAACCUAUAGUAUUUUGCAAACUAUUUUUCAUUGUAUAAACAAAAAAAUAUAUUCAGUUAAAAUGAAUAUUCAGUUAUAUUCAGUUUUUUUUUUCAGUAGAAAAAAGCUCGAGUUUAAAGAGGCGUUUAAGAAAUAGUCAACUUUAUAAGACUGGCUUGUAAAGGUACACAAAUGGGGCUUUGUUUUUUUCCUGUUUUGUUGUGUUUGAGUUCAUGUUCAAAAAGCCUGAGCAUGAACACACACAGGGGUGUCAUGAAACUGGUUAGUGGAGUCCCCGUUUGGCUGUGUGGUAAAGAUGUAAAAGGCCCAGGAAUGUUAGGUGGAACAGGUUUGGUAAAAGCCUUACCGCAAGAAUGUGAUUGAUUUCUGUUUCGACAAAAGGUCCUCUGGGUAAAAUUUGGUUAAAGACAUUUAAAUCAAUUUGCCAACAAAUUAUAUUAUGACUUCAAUGUUAAAAAAUGAUUUAAAAAAUGCUUGCAUUGACCAAAUUGAAACAUUUGAAAUUUCAUAAUGCAAAUUUCAUAAUAGUUCGCCCAGUCAAGGGUCACGUCUUGAGAACAGCCUAUUAUUAUUAUUAUUAUUAUUAAUAUUAUUAUUAUUAUUAUUAUUAUUACUCAAUCAGCAACUUAUUGUCUCUCAUUUCUCAAAGCAUAGAGAUGUCAAUAAGCUUUUGUCAGGCUGCUUGUGUGUGUAUGCAUAUGUGUUUCUGUAUGUGGGUACAUGUAUGUACGUGCGUGUGUGUGUGUUUGAGAGAGAGACAGAGAGAUGUAUGUGUGCUUUGUUUGGCGAACUGUCAGCAAGAGUGUGGUUCAAGAUGAGACCACACAGUCAGAGGACUAGACAGGGGACAGAGAAUAAGUCUACAGUGCUUUUGUUUGCUUUGAAGGGCCACGGGCUAUGUGUAUCACUGCCUUCUAUUCAUGCGCUUUUAUUUUCUGGCCUGGGACAUGAGGACGAACCCUGUCCAGUGCACGAGAUUGUGAGGAGGCGAGACAGAGAGAACAGAGGGAGGAGACAGAAGACUACCUUCUUUAAGAUGCUCUUAUGGUUAAAGGUGUUUUUUUCUACACAAAAGGGUGUGAUGCAGAAGGUUGUAUUUCAUUACAACCUCCUUUGGAGUUUUAUGGUUGUAUUGUAUACAGGCGGUCUUUUUUGUGAGACGCAUUAUUCGGCUCAUUAUGAGUUGAAGGAGCCCAGGGCUAGUUUGAGUGUUGAUUAAAGAGGUGCUAGAACAGAAUUUCACGAGGAGAGCGUGGAGUCUACAUGCAGUCGAUGAAAGUGCAGGGUGGCAUGAGAUUCAUACGCAGAUGAGGAGUAUGGUGGUAAUUAAGCUGUGUGAGUUUAAGGAGCGAUGUAUGCUGCUGCUGAGAUGGACAUACAUUGGCAUACAGGAGAGGAGGCCAAAGGAGAGGAUCAGAUGUGGUUCCAGAGAUCACAUGAUAAUUUAAGUUCUUUUAUAUAUUUGCUUGUUUGACUGUUAAGUUUGUGUCUUUCUUUUUUUUUUUUUUUUUGGAUUACAGACCAGUAUCUAAACCAGUUUGAUUGACACUGCCAGCUAAUUGGUGGGGAAGGUAAUACACAGGGAAGCUUAAUUGAUUAGGGGAAAAUUUGUUGAUCUGUGCAUCUGUAGUUCCUCAGUUUCAACAACGAAGCACUUUGAGCACAUACUCCCCUUAAGUCACAGAGAGAAGUUGGGCCAUUAUUCACAUGUCAUGUGUAUCGCUCCUAAAAAAGGGAGCUGAUAAGAUAUAUAUUGUUACAUCAAUGUUAAUAAUUGCAACAUUCCAGCAGAAACAACAAUAUUAAAAUUUCCAAAUGUUUGAAUUAAGGAAAAUGUUUCCCCCAGGUCUCUCUCUUCUUUACUUGAAAUUUUGUUUGCUGUUCAUUGAAAUGUUAAUUGGUUUUUAUACAGUUGUAAAUGGUAAAAUAAAACCUUGUAACAUCAGUAAGUUGCCCACUCCAGGGCAUUCAUUUAAUUUAUACAAAGUGAACUGGCGAAGCUGCUCUAUCAGAGAAAAAAAUGCCUUGUUUCAUAUGGUGCCUUAAUUCCGUAAUUUAGGGAGUGUUGUCCUGUGCCACUGUGCCUUUAUCAGAUUGCUGAAGUAGCCAUCAGUGUCCACUAUCUUGUCAUCUCCUUUACAAAAGUGCUGCUUCCAAAGGAUGGACUGACAUGACAUUUAGCAAAGGGUCACAACUCUCUGACUAUGAUUAAGGCAGUGUGCAUCAGCAGCACAACACGAACACUUGUGCACAAGUUGCUUAGCUUGCGUUAAAAGAGGGGGUGAUUAGGGGCAGUUUAGCUUUGUUUUGAUGAGCAUAGUCUGUGUUUUUCUGUGGGUGAAGGAGACAGCCUGCUUCAUUGUAAGUUUUUUGUAUGGAUAGAAUAUUUCCUAGAGGCAAUUGGGUUCCAUAAUUCAGGUUACUCCCACUCUUUCACUAAGACAGCCCAUUAUCAAGCAAUUCUGUUAUGGUAUCUUGUUUUAUCACUCACCCCAGUGCUCUGAAAAUGAAUUGUAGUACUGUUUUUAGAACUUAUGGGUGGGCUUGAGCUUGGAUAUGGACCGAAUUGUUGCUUCUUACGGUUUGAUACUGUAUUCCAAAGUGAAGAGGGGUAGAAGUGGUUGUGAAGACAUCAAUCAAGUGUCAAUAAUUUUAUUGAGUUAUUGUUUUUUUUUCUCCGCUGCUAAAAAGCUAUGAUUUUUGUUUCAUCUUAUACACAAAAAUAACAUAGUUGUGAUGUCACUUGAGUGUGCUGCUAUUUUAUAAACAAUUGUAUUAUAAUUAUUUUACUGCUUACAGAAUACUUUGAGAAUGCAGAAGUAGAUGGUAAAUAGAAGAUCAAGAAAUGUAAUGAGUAUUUGACUGGAAAUGCUCUUUGUACAGUAUGCCCUGAAAGCAUGAAUCCUUUCCUUUUUUUUAUCUUUGUUUUCCUGCUCUGUUACCUUUUCCUCUCACAGUCUGUAAGUACGGUAUGUCUAUACCUCAGGUUUACUGGAUAAAAGAAAACAAGUCUCUCAGUACCUCAUAACUCAUCACAGUUUUCUGGGAGCCAAUGAAAGACCGCAUACAGUGGAGAUUCCGAUGGGGGGACUUUUUAAUAGUCUUCAUUAAAUGAAGCAUGAACAGCAUAAGGCUCCCACCUGGACUUUAAUCAACCAUAGUGGAUGGAGGGGGGAACAAAAGUCACCAAUGCUUCAAUUAUGGGUCUAAGAGCUGAGAUAAACAGAUAUUGAUAUCUUUGUACAUACAUUUGUGUAUAAAUUUGGAAUUUUAUUUUGGAAACAAUCUCCAAACACAUCUUAACACACAUGAAGUCCUACACGAAAUGGCAAAAUGUUGAUGGACUUUCACAUGUUAGUGAGUUGCACUUUGCCUUGGCCGUAAUAAAACAUUUUUUCAGGUGUGCAGAAGGUAUUUUCAUCAACUGGUGUAGUAUGAACUGUGACACCCUGCCAAUAGGACAGCCCUCACCACCAUAUAACUUUAUGUGUGUUACAGAUUAACCGUUUGAAUGUCAACAUUUACAUGGAUUCUGUCUCCUCCCUCCACUAUGACCUUGUCAUGUACCUCAGUAAUGUCUGUUGCACAACCUCUCUCCAAUAAAUAUCUGCUUCAAAGUG